AUGGCCGGUGACCAUCGUUAUGUCAUGGCUCAGGCGUCUGCCCUUAUGGUUGUUGUCGCCGACUGGGUUUUCCAUGCCAGUGUUAAUGAAAAACAAUUAAUAACUUUGCAAGCUGCCAUGGCAAGCAUAAGGGAGGAACUCCAUAAUUCGGAGGCUGAGCAGCGACUCGAAAGUCAAGUUUCUUCUCUUACUCAGGAGAAAGGUUUACUAGCGAGUGAGUUGACCUGGUGCCAACAUCAAUUGGCUCGUGCCCAUGUUGACGGUGCUAUUGCCCGAGGGAAUUUACAAUGGAUGCUAGAGAAGGGGGUGGUUCACGUAAUUAAUAAAGUUAUCGAGAGUGUGGAAUUUGUCAUCGGAAUCCAGGGUGUUCAUAUGGUGUGUGAGGCCCUUGGGUUUGAGAAGGGGAAGCAACUAUGUUGGGGUUUCCUUUCAUUUCCACCACCGGGGCCUAGCGUGAGAGAGUUGAAUUCCACCAUUCCUGCUCUGGAGGUGCAUGCGCUUUCCCUUCUUCCUAACCAAGUGUGUGUCAUAGUCAUGGGAAGUAUCUCCCCGCAACUUGGCUUGCGUGUUAGGAAGAGUGGCACUUUGCCUCUAGUUUUGGUGCUCCCGGUGUUUCUCUUCCUUAUUCCAUGGGAUUUUGGUUCAUGUUUGACAUCGGCCCAGGUGAGCUUUAAAUCCCGAAUCGCCUUUCAGUUGGGCAAAGCUCAACCAUCGAUUGUGGGCCAGAUUAGAGCCCUUACCUGUCCACAUCUCUUUGCCUUUUCCUGGACUCAUGGGUCAGCACUUGUGCUGUUGCAGGUCUCCAUUAUGGAUCUUCCACAUUCUGAUAACUAUCGCUUCGACAAAGUAGAGUUCUUUGCUUUGUAUCUUGAUGAGCAUCGCGUCCAUUAUCUGGAUUGGUUGCCACUAUCGUUGAUGAUUCAUCACUCGUACUGA